AUGACCAUCUUCGCUCCCAAUGUCACGGUUGCGAAGUCCCGUUACUGGUACUUCUUGCGUGGCCUGAAGAAGGUCAAGAAGGCCACCGGUGAGAUCGUCAGCGUCAAGGAGAUCCACGAGAAGCACCCCCUCAAGGUCAAGAACUUCGGUGUCUGGCUCCGCUACGACUCUCGCUCCGGUACCCACAACAUGUACAAGGAGUACCGCGAGAUGUCCCGCACCGACGCCGUCGAGGCUCUCUACUCCGACAUGGCCGCCCGCCACCGUGCCCGCUUCAGGUCCAUCCACAUCCUCAAGGUCGUUGAGCUCGAGAAGGGCGACGACGUCAAGCGUCCCUACAUCAAGCAGCUCAUCAGCAAGAACCUGAGCUUCCCCCUCCCCCACCGCGUCGCCAAGAUCAGCACCCAGAAGAUCUUCAGCGCGAAGCGCCCCACCACCUUCGCAUAA